AUGGAAAGCCCGUGCGCCGAGACAGCUGUUCAGCUACCUCUAGUCCUGGUCCUUCUGCUUCAGGUUAGCCAACCCACAGAUGGCUUUAUCCUGCGACUAAUAACCGAGACACUGCAGAACAAUGUGGCUGGUGAGCCGAUCCUACACGAGCGGACCCAGUGGGACUUCGAUCCAGAAGCGGCCAAACGGGCGAGAUCUCUAUACUACGAGAAGAAUGGAUUCCGUUCGGCUAAAUUCAUUGAGCGAUUGGGCGUGGGUCUGGAUGGGCGGCACGAGGACCGGCGGCUGGAGCAAGGACAUCGCGAUGAGGGGCGGCUGAAUGGCGAACACAAUGUGAACUAUCCGCCUCCGCCGGCUUAGCCAUAAAUAAUUAUGAUUUAUA